GGGCGGAGUCCUGGGGCUGGUGGCGCUCUCGGGGUCUGUCAGGGUACGCCUGCGGGGUGCGGCUGCGCACGUGUUGGAGGCGGAAGUGCCUGCCGGGCUGGAGAUUCCGGGGGAUGGAAGGCGAGAUGGAGGCACAGAGCGCCGGGGCCGAGGACGGCUUCACCCAGGUCACCCGCAGGGGUGGCCGGAGGGCCAAGAAACGGCAGGCUGAGCAGCUGUCGGCGUCGGGGGAGAGUGGAGACGCGGGCCGCAUGGACACGGAGGAGGCCCGGCCCGCGAAGAGGCCCGUCUUCCCGCCCCUCUCCGGGGAUGGGCUCCUGGGUGGGAAAGAAGAAACAAGGAAAAUUCCAGUCCCAGCUAACAGAUACACACCAUUGAAAGAGAACUGGAUGAAGAUAUUUACUCCUAUUGUGGAACAUCUGGGACUUCAGAUACGCUUUAACUUGAAAUCGAGGAAUGUAGAAAUCAGGACCUGUAAAGAAACCAAGGAUGUUAGCGCUCUGACAAAAGCAGCUGAUUUUGUGAAAGCCUUUAUUCUGGGAUUUCAGGUGGAGGAUGCACUUGCCCUCAUCAGGUUGGAUGACCUCUUCCUAGAGUCUUUUGAAAUUACAGAUGUUAAGCCUUUAAAGGGAGACCACCUGUCAAGGGCAAUAGGACGAAUUGCUGGCAAAGGAGGAAAAACCAAAUUCACCAUAGAGAAUGUGACAAGGACACGAAUAGUUUUGGCUGAUGUGAAAGUUCACAUUCUUGGCUCUUUCCAAAACAUCAAGAUGGCAAGAACUGCCAUUUGCAACCUCAUUCUGGGAAAUCCUCCAUCAAAGGUUUAUGGCAACAUCCGCGCUGUGGCUAGCAGAGCAGCAGAUCGAUUCUGAUUUCAAAUUAGAGACUCUUUGUCUUUGGACUCUAGAGACAAAGACCAUACACUCUACAAAUGGUCGCAGGAAACCUUGGGAAGAAUUCUUCAGUCGCUUCAUAAAGCCUCCUUCCGUUCUCAGCCAGAGCAGAAACAGAAGUUCGAUAGUGGUCACACUCAGCAGCUUUCAGGAUAAUUUAAAUAUCAGAAGUUAAUACCAUUAUGGUACUUACACAUUAGGUAUAAUUAAUGUUUUCCUUCUAAAGCACGAGACAGAUUUGCAUAGUUUGUAAUUCUCUCAUUUAGAGGGAGACUUGUUGGUUAAACAGCUCUUCUGUAUGAAUUUAUAAGUUUUUUAUUUAUAAAUUUAUAAACAUUUCUUCCCUAUGAAUUUUAAUUAAAAGAAUUAUCUUAGAAAGUCUAUGACUCAUGACCCUUCCUUAAUCCUGGGGGUGUCGUGCGAAUGUUAGAAUCAGGUCGUUAAGAGUAGUUUGGGCUAUAGACUGUGUGAACCAGGACAGGCUAAUCUUUGCACCUGUUUGUAAAAAUUAAAGACCUGUGUCACAAGGUUGGUGUGAGGAGUUUUUUCACUUAAGUGUGUAAUGAAAGUCAUUAGACAUUAACCAAUGUUGGAUGUAUUUCUCUUCUAAGUAGUAAAGGUGAAAUAUGGUAGAAUCUUCUUCCCAAGAAAACUCUGCUGCCAACAUAGAUUUUUUUAACUAGUAUCUGCAUAUUUAAAUAUUAUCAAAUUUAUUUCAUGCCUUUUUAAUGUGAAGGGAGCAUACCUCAUCAAACAUAUGAUUGUGAUACUACAUUCUCUUGUACAUCUCUAAAACCCUUGACCCAAACUUUUUAAUGUUAAGGAGUUAGAAAUUUCAUGUAAGAACUAAAAAAGUAUUUUUAUUGAGUUAACCUUACGUUUACUUCUAUCAGUUCCAUGUGCUGCUGUCCUGCAAGUUUGUGUAUUUCAUGGGAUUGGAUAUAUUUGCAUGCCAUGGUGGGAAUCCAGUUGGAAAUUGCUGAAGAUAUCCUACCCAAAAUGAUUUAUCUUUUGGCAACACAAUGGGCUGAAGCAUGGAGAGAGAAUGGGUGUGAUGGUGGCAGAUCCCUUUACUCAGAGCUGUUGGAAGUCUCCACGGGUUUGGAAGAUCUUGGUCCCCCACCCCCGACUCCCUGCUCAGUCUGGGGAGUGGGUCCACAGCUUUAAUCACGUUUUCAGAGCACUCCAAAACGAAACAUUGCUAAGUAACCUUAAAUGUUUUGAGUUGAUUUUCAAGGAACUUGAGGCAGAAAGUUAACCUAAUUUUGACUGGGCGAAAACAUGGGUUCUCUAUGUUAAAGUGAAAUAAUGUUUUGAUAUUGUUUGAAUUAACUUCCUUUUGAAGUUUUCUUAUCAGAACUAUCAAAUACAAAAGAGCAAGCCCUGGCAGCUGCUUGAAUUUGGGGUGCUGAACUUUGGUUUAGACUUUUUGGGCCCCUCCCUAGUCAAACAUCUAUACCCCCACCCCCACCCCCAGCAGUAGUACUCCUUGGGGUUUGAAAGACAAAUUAGAGGGGACCCAACUAGUUCUUGGAAUGAGAAUGGAUGGCGGAAUAAAUCAAAAAACCAAACCCAUUGCCACUGAGUCCAUUCCAACUCAUAGCAACCCUGUAAGCUGGAAUCGACUCAACGGCAACAGGUUUUAUUCCUCCAAGG